GUCGCCGCCUCCUCUGCGCCGGGGUGCUGGGCGCUGGGCCGGCAGGCAGCGCACACCCGGCAGGCGCCGCGGAGCAGCGAGGUCCCAGGCGGCAGCGCUCGGCGCAGUCCUCGCUCCGGCCGGGCCAUGAAGGUCGAGUUUGCGCCGCUCAACAUCCCGCUGGCGCGGCGGCUGCAGACGGCGGCGGUGCUGCAGUGGGUCCUGUCCUUCCUUCUGCUCGCACAGGUGUGCCUUGGAGUCAUUGUGUUCCUGAUCAUAUACAACUACUGGUUCCUCUACAUCCCUUAUUUGACAUGGCUUUACUUUGACUGGCAAACCCCAGAGCAAGGAGGCAGGAGAUCUGACUGGGUCAGAAGCUGGACCAUUUGGAGGUACUUUAAGGACUAUUUUCCAAUUCAUCUCAUCAAAACUUGGGAUUUGAAUCCAAGUCACAACUACAUAUUUGGGUUUCACCCCCAUGGAGUGCUUGUUGCUGGAGCCUUUGGAAACUUUUGUACAAAUUAUUCAAACUUCAAGGAGCUGUUUCCUGGCCUCACUGCGUAUCUUCACGUGCUUCCAUUUUGGUUCCGGUGUCCGCUCUUCCGAGAAUAUCUGAUGAGUAGUGGGCCAGUCUCAGUUUCCAGGAGAAGCGUGUCUCACGUGCUAAGCAAGGAAGGAGGUGGAAACAUCUCAGUCAUUGUGCUUGGGGGUGCAGAGGAAUCACUGGAUGCCCAUCCUGGAAAGUUCACUCUGUUCAUCCGCCAGCGGAAGGGAUUUGUGAAAAUUGCUUUGACCCAUGGUGCUUAUUUGGUGCCAGUUUUUUCUUUUGGUGAAAAUGAACUGUUUAAACAAGUUAGCAACCCUGAAGGCUCAUGGCUUCGAGCUGUGCAGGAGAAACUACAGAAGAUCAUGGGAUUUGCUUUGCCACUGUUCCACGCCAGAGGAGUUUUUCAAUACAAUUUUGGCCUAAUGCCCUAUAGGAAGCCCAUCCACACUGUUGUUGGCCGCCCAAUCCCUGUUCGUCAGACCCUGCACCCAACCCCAGAGCAGAUUGAGGAGUUGCAUCAGACCUAUAUGGACGAGCUAAGGAAAUUAUUUGAGGAGCACAAAGGGAAGUAUGGUAUUCCAGAAAAUGAAACUCUCAUUUUUAGAUAACCCUCCUCCUCGAAGGCAUGCAAGAGGGCGAGAGAAUAUCCCGUUGAAAGAACAAAUAUUUUAAAUAAAUUAAAUUUUUUCUUUGAUGAAGGAA